CGGUGUUCCACCCGAGCCGAGGCAGGGGCGCCAGGAUGCCGGCGGCCCAAGCGCCCUUCCCAGACCGAGGAGCCUGUGCUCAGCACCCUCGCUGGGGGCUGCCCUGGGUCCUCACUGAAGCCUGAGCCGCAGUCUUUGUUUCCCGGGAAAUGGACGUGCCCAGGGCGCCCUCUGGUGGAUUCUGGAGCUAACCGACCGUGAGUUCCUCGCGAUGGCGAUGGUCCUCCCGCCGGGCCCCGCACCCUCCCCUUGGAAUGAGACCCUGCACACACACUACAACUAUGUGGGCAAGCUGGAGGGCCGGCGGAGGGAAGCUACCGAGGGCAGCACCGUCACCAACGUGCUUCUCCUGAUCGUCUGCAGCUUCAUCGUCCUGGAGAACCUGAUGGUUUUGAUUGCCAUCUGGAAAAACAAUAAAUUUCACAACCGCAUGUACUUUUUCAUUGGCAACCUGGCUCUCUGUGACCUGCUGGCCGGCGUCGCUUACGCGGUCAACAUCCUGAUGUCGGGCAAGAGGACGCUGAGCCUGUCUCCGACGGUCUGGUUCCUGCGGGAAGGCAGCAUGUUCGUGGCCCUCGGGGCGUCCACCUGCAGCUUGCUGGCCAUUGCCAUCGAGCGGCACCUGACCAUGAUCAAGAUGAGGCCGUACGAUGCCAACAAGAAGCACCGCGUCUUCCUGCUGAUCGGGAUGUGCUGGCUCAUUGCGUUCUCGCUGGGCGCCCUACCCAUCCUGGGCUGGAACUGCCUGCACAAGCUGCCCUCCUGCUCCACCAUCCUGCCCCUCUACUCCAAGAGCUACAUCGCCUUCUGCAUCAGCGUCUUCACGGCCAUCCUGGCGACCAUCGUGAUCCUGUACGCGCGCAUCUACUGCCUGGUGAAGUCCAGCAGCCGCAGGGUGGCCAGCCCCCACAACUCGGAGCGGUCCAUGGCCCUGCUGCGGACGGUGGUGAUCGUGGUGAGCGUGUUCAUCGCCUGCUGGUCCCCGCUCUUCAUCCUCUUCCUCAUUGACGUGGCCUGCAAGGUGAAGGAGUGCCCCGUGCUGUUUGAGGCCGAGUGGUUUAUCGGGCUGGCGGUGCUCAACUCCGCCAUGAACCCCGUCAUCUACACGCUGGCCAGCAAGGAGAUGCGGCGAGCCUUCUUCCGGCUGGUCUGCACCUGCCUGGUCAAGCGCCGGGGCCCCCGCUCCUUGCCCAUCCAGCCUGCUCUCGAUCCAAGCAGGAGCAAAUCCAGUGGCAGCAACAACAGCAGCCCGUCCUCAAAGAGCAAGGAAGACCCUCCUCCAGUGGCUGCCCCGCCCUGCAUAACCAACAGAAACAAAACCCUGCAGAACGGGAUCCUCUGCAAGUGAGGGCGCCAGCCUCAAGGAACGGGGUUCCUUACAUCUCCAUGGGAGGAGCA